AUGAGGCUACAAGCUCAAAGCUUUGAAGGAGAAAGCAAUACAACAGGAGUAUGGACUGUAGAAACAACCUCUUCCUGUACCCUGCCCCCCUCACCGCCUUUCGAGGGCACUGUGGUGAUGGCGGUAAGAAAUCUGAGUGUGGAAACAACCUUUGCCCUCCUGGGUUUCACUGAUUACCCAGAACUUCAGAUACCUCUUUUCCUCGUGUUUUUGAUCAUGUACAUUAUCACUGUGGUAGGAAAUCUUGGGAUGAUAGUAAUCAUCAAGAUUAACCCCAAAUUCCACACACCCAUGUAUUUUUUCCUCAGCCACCUUUCUUUGGUCUAUUUUUGUUACUCUUCCAUCGUGACUCCCAAGCUGCUUGAGAACCUGGCCAUGGCGGAUAAAAGCAUCUACUACUUUAGCUGCAUGUUGCAAUACUUCCUGUCCUGCAUCGCUGUGGUGACCGAAUCCUUCCUGCUGGCAGUGAUGGCCUAUGACUGCUUCGUGGCUAUCUGUAACCCUCUGCUGUAUACAGUGGUCAUGUCCCAGUGGCUCUGUGCCCUACUGGUGUCUGGCUCAUAUCUCUGGGGUAUAUUUGGUCCCCUGGUACUCCUCUGCUAUGCUCUCCAGCUAAACUUUUCUGGACAUAACAUAAUCAACCAUUUUUUCUGUGAAUAUACUGCUCUCCUCGCUGCCUCGAGCUCCGACAUAUUCAUUCCCCAUUUGCUGCUUUUUGGCUUUGCCACUUUCAAUGAGGUGAGUACACUACUGAUCAUCCUCACUUCAUACAUUUUUAUUUUUGUGACUGUACUUAAUAUCCGCUCUGUCAGCGGGCGUCACAAAGCCUUCUCCACCUGUGCCUCCCACCUGACCGCCAUCACCAUCUUCCACAGGACCAUCCUUUCCUUCUACUGUGUGACUAACUCCAAGAACUCCAGGCACACUGUCAAAGUGGCCUCUGUAUUUUACACAGUGGUCAACCCUAUGCUGAAUCCUCUGAUCUACAGCCUGAGGAAUAAAGAUGUGAAGGAUGCCCUCCGGAAAUUAAUAGACACAAAAGUCCCAUUCCACUGA